AUGACGUUAUUUCCGGUCUGGCAGUACACUGACGUCACUUCCGGUUUGACGUCAACAAUGGCUGUUACGCUGUUAAAUAUGUGUGUCUUCCUGACUGCCUUGUUCAUGAUUUGCAUUUCAUUUAGUUCGGCAAGAAGUGGUUAUCAGAAUUUACAUCAAAGACAAAGACCUACCCCUAAACCUCCAACACCUGCAGUGGAAUUACGGAACAUGUACCAUUCGCUGGACUUGAAACCUCUGCAACGCAUGACCCUAGACUGCAACAGCAGAGAAAUGGAACAGCUUUUGCAGAAGCAUCCGUUUGUUGAACAUCGCUGGAAACACAAUGGGGAAGCGUUUAAGUUGCAACCGGUUAGAAUGGAAUACAUGACGGAAAAACUGACAAUAAACAAUCUGAUGCCACAGGACAGUGGAACAUACCAUUGUAUAGCCGAGGAGCCAUCGGCCACGCAACAAGUUGUCGCAAUUUACGCCACUGUUAUUGGUAGGCUUUUGAAGUACACUUACAGAGGUGACGACCUUGAACUUGACUGUCUGAGUAACGAAUUCGGCAAACUAUACCCGAAAGCCAUACGCUAUUGGAUCGAUCCGAAAGGAAAACGGGUUUUUGAAAAACCGGCAAUCGAUAAUCUUGAAACAUUCCCCAUAGCUGAUGACAGAUUGGCGGGAAAUUGGACGUGCUUUGUUGAGGAUCCAGUUGUUCCAAGAAAAUGGACGACAGCGAGGCUCCAGGUUUUCAUCAGUCCUAUACCAUCUUUUGUGAAGAGAACAGAAUUAUUUGUGAAAGGUAACAAAAUCGUAAGUUGUAUUAUAAUAGUUUUGAUGAUAGCAGCCUUCCUAAUGCUUUCCCAACUGGUUGCAAAACUUUCGGAUAAGAGUGAAAAUCGCGUGAAAAAGGACAUGAAACACAUGAAAAACGUUUUGGGCCUCAAGGAUAAGAAGAAAGGGUCAGACGACGAUGAUGACGAUGACGAUGAACACCACGAAGACAUAAGCGUUGAGGAUAAAUUUAAACAUUUCUGA